GCAUGGGCAUAAGUCGCUUCUGGUAGACAAGACAGGGCACGAGGAGGAGGUGGAGGAGGAGGGCAGAAGAGGGAGCAGCUGAUAGAUGCGGAAAGGGUGAGGCGGUGGGGAGGUGCGUGAUUGUUUGUUCGAUGCGUCUGGAUCGUGUACGACCAGUCGGUCGAUCUGGUCUUCCAUCAUUCGUCGCCCUUCCUGUUCACUCUCCCAUCUCUCGAGGGGAUCAAUCUGUUCCCUCCCUCCAUUGCUGCUCUCCUCUCAUACGCCCGAUCCGGACAGACGCACGUACAUGCUCAGGCGCGGGCACACACGCGCGUGUGUGCAUAUAACUCUGUAGUGUUUUGCGUCGGCGAAUGCACACAUCUGAUUGCAAGUCGAGCCUCGGUGUAAUCUUGCUAUGUGCUGGAACACCCUCGGAAGGGAAUACCAUCUGAGUCGUCUCGAUUGCUGAAGUGAAGCGGUUUGCAGGAGGAGAGGGAGAAGACAACUCCUUGAUGAGAGACUCCCGAAUGGUUCUGCCAGUGAGGACGCUGCCACGUGGCACUGCGUGUAAACAGCCACAUCAGCAACCCACUUAUCCAAGCAAUUUGUUGGCAAUCUUCCCGCCGUUGUGACAGCCAGAUCCUGGCCGCCUUCCCGGUCUGCCGCCGCCGCCGCCAUCGACGCUUGGCUUUUCAUUCGUGUUCUGCAUUCUGCUAGAGAUUCUCCUGGGAUAGUAAACGACAAUGUUUCGGUCGCUGGCACGAGAGCUCGUCCAGGAUGGUCCAACGCGGUUCCGCUCGACUGCAGUGGGGCUCCGACGAGUUGCUGCAACAUGUUGUAGCAGAGGCUUGGGGUCUUCUUCGCAAUGGAGAUUCAUGAGCGGUGGUGUGGCCAUGAGCAGAUUUGAGCCGGACCAGCAGAUCAACUAUGAGCGCAUCGAGGACAAUCUGAAAAUUGUACGAAACAACCUGAAUCGGCCAUUAACGCUGUCAGAGAAGAUUGUUUAUGGCCACCUGGAUGAUCCCUCUGAGAUCCCGAAACGGGGGGUGUCUUACCUCAAACUGCGUCCUGAUCGUGUUGCCAUGCAAGAUGCAACAGCCCAAAUGGCAGUGAUGCAGUUCAUAUCCUCCGGACUUCAGAGGACAGCUGUUCCAACCACGAUCCAUUGUGAUCACCUUAUUGAGGCAACGACGGCUGGAAAGGAGUUUGGUGGGCCUGCAGACCUGGCUAGAGCGAAGAUGACGAAUGAAGAGGUGUAUAGCUUCCUAUCUACAGCAGCGGCCAAGUAUGGAAUGGGAUUCUGGAAACCAGGAAGUGGCAUUAUCCACCAGAUUGUUCUCGAGAACUAUGCGUUCCCUGGUGCCCUCAUAAUAGGUACAGACAGCCACACUCCCAAUGCUGGGGGUCUAGGUGCAUGUGCUGUUGGUGUCGGUGGAGCUGAUGCUGUUGAUGUAAUGGCUGGAUUGGCAUGGGAAUUGAAAGCGCCGCAAGUCAUAGGUGUUAAGCUAACUGGGAAGUUGUCAAACUGGACAUCACCAAAGGACGUGAUUCUGAAACUUGCAGGAAUCUUAACAGUCAAGGGCGGCACAGGCGCCAUUGUCGAGUACUUUGGGCCCGGAGUGGAUGCCAUAUCUUGCACAGGCAUGGGUACAAUCUGCAACAUGGGAGCUGAGAUCGGAGCAACAACCAGUGUGUUUCCCUUCAACAAGAGGAUGUAUGACUAUCUUGUGGCCACCAAGCGUGAAUCCAUCGCCAAGCUUGCAGAAUCCUUCCAGGAGAAUCUUAGUGCUGAUCCAGGUGCAAAGUACGACAAGGUGAUUGAAAUCAAUCUGUCUGAGCUCGAGCCACAUGUCAACGGGCCAUUCACACCAGAUCUCGCACACCCUCUGUCGAAGUUUGCAGAUGCUGUCAGAGCAAACAAUUGGCCAGAGGAGGUCUCGGCAGGUCUCAUUGGAUCCUGUACGAACAGCAGCUACGAGGACAUGUCACGAGCAGCCAGUAUCGUUAGACAGGCCAAGGCAGCAGGCAUCAACGCAGAGGCUCCUUUCAUUAUCACUCCCGGAAGCGAGCAAAUCAGGGCAACAAUCGAGCGAGAUGGACAGAUGGAGAUCUUUGAAAGUGUGGGAGGCACGGACACCUUGAAGGGUAAGAAUGGAGAGGAAGUGAAGCUGAGCGCUCCUUAUGGAGAUGAGUUGCCUGCACAGGGGUUUGAUGCUGGGCAGGAUACUUUCCAGGCUCCUCCUCCUGAUGGUACACAUGUGGAGGUCAUAGUUGAUUCCAAGAGCGAGCGCUUGCAGUUGUUAGCGCCCUUCCAGAAAUGGAAUGGGAAUGACAUCGAAGACGCAUUGAUCCUAAUUAAGGCAAAGGGGAAGUGCACGACGGACCAUAUCAGCAUGGCUGGGCCGUGGCUGAAGUAUCGAGGGCAUCUUGAUAACAUCAGCAACAAUUUGCUUAUUGGUGCAAUAAAUGCGGAGAAUGGGGAGCCCAACAAGGUGUUUAACGCCUUAACCCAGACGUGGGAUGCCGUCCCUGCUACAGCAAGACACUACAAGGCGUCGAAGAUUCCUUGGGUUGUGAUUGGUGACGAGAACUACGGAGAGGGAAGCAGCAGAGAACAUGCAGCUCUGGAACCGAGGCAUCUGGGCGGAGUUGCAGUGAUUGUGAAGAGUUUUGCCCGCAUUCAUGAAACUAACCUCAAGAAACAGGGCAUGCUUCCUUUAACAUUUGCGAACGCAGCAGAUUACGACAAGAUCCAUCCCCGUGACAAGCUAUCAAUUUUGGGCCUCAAAACUUUUGCUCCAGGGAAACAGCUUACGGUUUUGGGAAAGCGGGAGGACGGGACGACGUAUCAGUUCCACGUCAACCAUUCGUUCAAUUCGAACCAGAUUGAAUGGUUCAAGGCUGGAUCCUCCCUGAAUCGGAUGGCAGAGAUGACCGCGGCACAGAAAUAGCGAAGCGAUAGGGCUGUGUCAUCCACUCCACGGAUGUCGGCAUGGCGCUGGCGAUCUAGACCUUCCUGGUGUCCGUACGGAGGGACGAGUUCGGAGAAGAAAGGGACGAACGAAGGAUCCUAGCGAUAUCUUUCGGAUACGAAGAGGUUAACGACGAUCGUAUAUCCGCUUCCCGGGCUUGCAACCUGGCUCUGAAUAAGAUGCCCAGUUGAUCAGCAUGUUUGCCAGGUAAGUCCUUUUCCAUUUUUGUGCUCGAGUGUGGUCAAAUAGGACACAAAACUCUUUUUUAUGUCGUAGAUAGUCGAAACAAGAAAGCUGCAAACUUUCCUGGUGGCUCUGGAAGAUGCCAAGCCGACUGCUUCAAGCAUGGUUUCCACACAAGUCCUUUUUUUCCCCUUUGGUUUCGAGUUGAUGUACUACCGGUAGGUGGUCACCACAUUUUCCAGGCAAGUACUACUUUCCCUUGUUUUGGAAACGAGAUGUAGGUAGAUGCUAGAUAUUUAUUUGAGGGAGCUGCUGUUUGAAUCUAGAUGGAGGGUUACUUUAUUUCCAAGGUACUGUGCAGAGGGUUGUUUUCGCUGCUUGAUGAGACAUUCCGUUGGGGGCGGGGGGGUGGGGGGGGGGUGGCGGAGAGGGAUGCAGAAGAAGGCCCGCUCCUUCUCAAUAUUUAUGUAGUAUCUUUUUUUUUUUUUUUUCCCCUAAUAUUUAUGCAGAAUGAAUUGAUCACAUGCCCUUAGGAUCAUUGCAUAGGGAAAUUGAGAGAAUGACAGAUGAGACGGUGGAAGGAGGUUGGCCAAUCGUUUUUCUCAAUUUCCGUUGCCACUAACUUCACAGUCUCUAGCACCCUACAUUAAGACAAGAGCUUUCUAUUUUCUUUUUUUUUUUAGUGCAGGUAAAGUUAAGUUUAUUAAACUUUAUUUACUUCAGAAUUCUCUGACCAAGAGAUGGAUUUGGUCACCACCACGGAUGUAUGUUCGGUAGAGCAAAUGGAAUGGCCAUGUAGAGGGGAGCAACUUGAUCUGGAAGAAUGUGUUAGCGAACGCUUUUGAAUCUAUGGACUGAGAUGGAGUAGAUGUGGGAGAGAGCAAGCAAGUGGGAUGGCUGUGAGAGGAGAGCAAACUGAUGUGCAGGAAUGCUUGCUUUAAACCACCAGUACUUCCUAAAGUUGUGCCCGUUAACAAGCCACAAUUUUAGGAAAUGUACGGGCCACUACAGGAGCGCCCAAAUUCAUCCAACAAGAAACGUUUCCACUCUUUUUUUUUCUUUCUGCGGCCCAUAGCUGGGCGAAGUACUGGUGGUUUAACGAACGCUUCUCAAUCUAUAGCCUGAAAUGGAAUGCGUUAACGAACAGGUGGGAGAAGAGGGGCUUAAUGUGGAGGAAUGCGUUAACGAACACCUCCCUCUCAAUUUACAGACUGACUCACAUAUCCCCAAGGAAUACGUUGAAGCUGGAGAACAAGAAUGGACGCGUGUGACAGGGGUUCUCAGCUAUAGAGGGUUUUCAAGCCCAGCUUUCAUGUGGGAAAUACAUUUCGUGGACUUGCCGUGGACUUGGCGCUCAGAUUUCUGCCCGCAACAAGCGAGCUGAGCUUAUGUGUUGCCCUCAGUCCAUAAAUGUCUGGACUCUGGAGUUGAGAGCUUAUUCAGAAGGGUAGUGCUUUUCCGGCCAACCGAUAAUGUUUGCUCUUUGCGGAGAAUAGGGCUGUAGUAUUUAUUGAUCUGAGACGAUGCGACUUGCCUGACAUGCAAGGAUACACUGGCAACAGAUGAUUAUUGCUCAGGUGCUGGCUGAGAAGCACCAGUUU